AUGGCAGUAGCAGCGGUGCAGGCUGGAGGUCAGCCAGGAGUGCAGCAGGGUCUGCAGAAUGGUGUGCACCCGGUGGGUUGGAUUGAUCCGACGUCGCGGGUGUACUCGACUGUGGAGUCCGGUGGCACAAGUGCAGGAGCGAUCACAGAGGGAGUCUCGGUGGAUCCCGAGAAGAUUCAGGCCAUCAGGGAGUGGCCGAGGACGCAGAGUGCCACUAAGAUCCGGAGUUUUCUGGGGUUAGCGGGUUACUACAGGAGGUUUGUUUGGGGUUUUGCGAGUAUGGCACAGCUGAUGACUAAGAUUAUAGGGAAGGAGGUUCCAUUUGUGUGGUCACCGGAGUGUGAGGUGAGUUUUGCAAGCCUCAAGCAGAUGUUGACUACCACGCCGGUGUUAGCACUGCAUGAGCAGAACGAGCCCUAA